GGGAGCUGUGGACCAGUGAGUAAUAAUACCAAAGGUGAGAAAGCAACACAGUAAAUAAAAUCGCUCACUGUUGCCUGAAAUUCACUGCAUAUUCCCUUGUCACAGCUCUACCCGGAAGGCAAAAUGUCCCAGAAAGAGUCGCACCCGGUGGAGAUGGGACCGAUCGAACCGCACCAGCGGCUACAGAAGCUGGUUGCGGACAGUCAACGCGUGUCGAUCGAUCCGACCAUGCCGAUCAAUCGGUACUACCGGUCCGGGAAUCAGAUCGUCGAGACGGCGGACCGUUCACUGCGGGAUGGUAACCUGGAGAAAGCGUUCACCUUUUAUCUUCGGUUUGUGACGAUCUUUGUUGAGCUGAUACUGGACCAUCCGGGGUAUAAGUCGGUACCGCCGACGGAUAAGCAGCAAACGAAAGAAAAGAUCAAGAAGAUAAUGCCACGGGCGGAAGAGAUACGGAAGAAGCUACUGGAAAAAUACACGACGGAGUACAGCCUGUACCUAGCGCAGUUGAAGCUCCAGGCAGAACAAGAAGCAAAGGAGCACGAAGCACGGAACAAGGCGGCGGCUGCAGCUGCUGCAGCAGCAGCUGCAGCGGCAGCAUCGAAGGCAGCUGAUCAGCAACCCACCAAAUCCACCGGUCCAUACGCACCAAGCGCCCCGAGCCACGUAGCAGUUAUCUCCGACAGUGACGCGAAGUUGAUCGAUCAGGUGCUUUAUCCGAGCGAAUUUCUCACCGAUCGCAGUCAGGCAACUGGACUACCCGGGACGGGACUCCUACUGGCCGGUGACGAAAAGCAAAAGUUCGAUCGCUCGCUCAAACCAGUACUGCCGGUCACACCAACACCAACGGCCGGCUUCCGUUCGAUUAUCGUACCGACAGAUACGAUGCAAAAGUUUCUCGUACUGGCCGCCGGCAACACUGGCUCUAAUCUGGAAACUUGCGCAAUACUCGCCGGCAGCUUGACGCAGACCGGGUUCACCAUAACCCAUUUGAUAUUUCCAAAGCAGACCGGUACCUCGGAUAGCUGCAAUACGAUGAACGAGGAGGAGAUUGCGGUCGUGCAGGAUCGGCACAACCUCAUCACGCUGGGGUGGAUACAUACACACCCCUCACAGACGGCAUUUCUUUCGUCGGUAGAUUUACACACACACUGCUCUUAUCAGCUAAUGCUGGAAGAAGCGAUUGCGAUCGUCUGCUCACCAAAGUAUCGAGAAACUGGCUUUUUCAAUCUCACACCGUACGGGAUGGAUUCAAUAUCGCAAUGUCGACAGACGGGAUUCCAUCCACAUCCUACCGGUCAACCUUUAUUUACCGAAGCGCAACAUAUAAUACUGAGCGACGCUGUUGCGGCACGUGUCAUUGAUCUGCGAUAAAUAAGUGUACUUAUGCUUUACCUCCACAAGCAAAGGAAGGACGUGAGUGCUGAUUCGCCUAAAACGUAGGAAUCACCUGCUGCUGUAUGUGCGAGUGCAUGUGUGUGUGUGUGUUACGCUUAUAUUUGUAUAAUUGUUAAAAAUCGCCUGUUGCCGCCUCUAUCACACGCACAAACUUCACGAUGUGUGACGAACCCCGAAACGUAAAGAACAUGCGCUCAUCUAAAUUAACAUGCCGAUCUUGCACGUUUCGACUACAUUAUUUUGUGAUUAAAAGAGAAGAGACAAAAACAUUU